CAUGCUAGCCUCAGCGUCGUCGACACAAAUCCACAGCACUGCUUGCUCCUUUUAUCGUUAAAAUUUUGAAUCGUACAGAGCCAUGUGUUUUGCCACAUAUUAUAAAUGCGAAGCGUAGUAGCUUUGCGCUGUUUUAAACACACUAGUCUUGCUUCUUCGGGAUGUUUUUACUCUUAACAUGGACACAAAACGAGGGGAGAUUCCUAACGAGCUGCUGGAUGACCUGUGCAGUCGCUUCAUUCUUCACAUCCCCAGCGAGGAGAGGGACAAUGCCAUCCGAGUGUGCUUCCAGAUCGAGCUCGCGCACUGGUUUUACCUGGACUUCUGCAUGCAGAAUUCACCAGGACUACCUCAGUGUGGGAUAAGAGACUUCGCCAAGGCUGUUUUUAAUCACUGUCCAUUCCUGCUGCCCCAUGGUGAGGAUGUUCAGAAGGUUUUAGAGCAGUGGAAAGAGUAUAAGAUGGGUGUACCCACGUUUGGCGCCAUUAUUCUGGAUGAAACGCUGGACAAUGUGCUGAUGGUCCAGGGUUAUCUGGCCAAGUCUGGCUGGGGGUUUCCUAAAGGGAAAGUCAAUAAAGAUGAAGCUUUCCAUGACUGCGCUGUGAGAGAAGUUUUGGAGGAGACCAGCUUUGACAUCCGAGAUCGCAUCUGCCAAAAAACAUACAUUGAUCAGAAGAUUUUAGAUCAGUUGGUUCGAUUGUACAUUAUUCCAGGAGUUCCUAAAGACACCAAGUUCAACCCCAAGACCAGAAAAGAGAUAAGGAACAUUGAAUGGUUCCCAGUCAAUAAACUGCCUUGCCACAGGAACGAUAUGACCCCCAAAUCCAAGCUUGGACUGGCUCCUAACAAGUUUUUCAUGGCUAUUCCAUUUAUUAGGGAGCUCAGAGAGUGGAUCGCCAAACACAAAGCCGAGUCAACGAGCAGCGACGAGGAUUUUGCGUCUAAUGGCAGCACAUCUUCCAAACCAUUCAGCUCUAAGCUCAGAAGGUCUCAGAUGUUGGUGGAAUCAUCUCCUGAAAGCUGGUUAAAGCAGAAACCACUGAAACCCUUUGGACAGACCACCCAGACGGAGUUAGUAGAUGUGCUUAAACCCAAGAAUCACGUGAAAGGCAACAGCAAGAAACAGCUGGAGUCUCCGAACCUGAAGAAAGGAGCUAAUGGUGUCAGCCAGCAGCAGAAAGAUGAGAAGAAACUUCAGCCCAGAAGACUGCAGGAUAACUUUGACACGGAUGCAGCCGGUGAGGUCUAUGGCUGUAACGGACAGACAGACUCGAGUUAUGAGGAAUACAUGCUCUCCUCACGGUCUUUCCUCAGCUUCAGAUUCGACAGAGAGGCCAUCAUGAAAUCCUGCUUCGAGUCCUAAAGAUCUGCUGAAGAUAUGCUGUAAUGCCUUUGGUUUUUAAAAGAUUUGACGCAGCAAAUGUUCUACCAUUGGAUCUUCUGCGCUGUAAACCUGUCGAGAUGCUUUGUGUGUUGGACCAAGAUUACAAACAAAUCCAAAAAAAUCAUUUUUUUUCACACACAUACGUCAGUUCCUAUUAAUCUGGAUCUGGAAUGCUGUUAGCUUGAGUUCUUUUUAGACUUUAUAUUCAUGCUAAAUCUUGUGCCCGAUAAUGAGUGCAUCAUUUUGUCUCUAAAGAGAGGUGUUUCUUGGUCAACUUGCUUGUUGGUUUGUCUGAAACACACUCGACAGUAGUUUGGUUCGGAGCCCCUAAAGUGUAUUUCUACUCUUUAUUUCAUUGUGAAUUCAGAUGUUAGAAUAAUAAUCAGUCCAGCUGUAUGUUGAAUUUCUAUGGCUCUGUGUUUGUUGUUUGCCGUUUUAUAAGAAGCUGCUCAAAAAGCAUGUUUCAGAGCAUCACAUGACCGCUAGUGGACAGAUAGGGUGGAUGUUACUCGUCCAAAAGCAGGAAAACCCAUUGAAGCACUAUAUACUUUAUCAAGUCCUCCGUCACCAAAUGUCUGCUCAGUGUGACAUCAAUGUGUUGGAUUUGCAGUUUGAUUAAUGACAUUUCAUCCGUUUCCCUCAAAUGAUGUCUUUAGUUUUGUUUUCUGUUCAUUGUUCAUAUUCGUUGUUGAUUUAUUUUAGCUGUCCAGGUUUUCCUCACCCUCCACAUGGUUACUAUACUAUAUUCAUAUUUCCUCUGUGAAAUGGCACUGAUAUCUUUGGUAAGCUGGUUUACAAUUAUGCAACACGAUUUGCUUAACCACAUUAUCUAUGGUUUGUAUUGCAUUUUUUUUUCUCUCUCUCAUUUUUUUGGUAAAUAAAGACACUUUCUUAAAGA